AUGUCGUGAUCUUUAAUAAGGCACAGAGACCGACAAUUAGACAUCAACACUCAAGUCGAGCUCCGGGCCAGGUCAUAGGAUGCGGAGAUAACAGCAUUUGUGACGAAAACGCCCCAAGAUGAAAAUGAAAACAUUCAUUCUUCUACUUCUACUUCACGGAACUAUCAGUGAGUCUGCUUGGGUAGAACGUCAAGGAAUCAAGAUUAGUACACGACUCCAUAACGCGAAACAGUUCAAAAGAGAAACAGGAGAAGGAACCACAUGUAGCCCAGGCACCCCUAACAGUCCAAAUACCAUCACUAGCACUGGAAAUCCUGGAAGCUCAGGUACCACAAGUAGCCCUGGCACACCUAAUAGUCCAAAUGGUAUAACUAUCCCUGGCAGCCCUGGAAGCACAGGCACCGCCAGCAGCCCUGGAACUCCCGGAAGCUCAGGUACCACAAGUAGCCCUGGCACACCUAAUAGUCCAAAUAGUAUAACUAUCCCUGGCAGCCCUGGAAGCACAGGCACCGCCAGCAGCCCUGGAACUCCCGGAAGCUCAGGUACCACAAGUAGCCCUGGCACACCUAAUAGUCCAAAUAGUAUAACUAUCCCUGGCAGCCCUGGAAGCACAGGCACCGCCAGCAGCCCUGGAACUCCCGGAAGCUCAGGUACCACAAGUAGCCCUGGCACACCUAAUAGUCCAAAUAGUAUAACUAUCCCUGGCAGCCCUGGAAGCACAGGCACCGCCAGCAGCCCUGGAACUCCCGGAAGCUCAGGUACCACAAGUAGCCCUGGCACACCUAAUAGUCCAAAUAGUAUAACUAUCCCUGGCAGCCCUGGAAGCACAGUCACCGCCAGCAGCCCUGGAACUCCCGGAAGCUCAGGUACCACAAGUAGCCCUGGCACACCUAAUAGUCCAAAUAGUAUAACUAUCCCUGGCAGCCCUGGAAGCACAGUCACCACCAGUAGCCCUGGAACUCUUGGAAGCCCAGGUACCUCAAUUAGCCAAGGCACCCCUAUCAACCCAAAUACAAUCACCAGCCAAGGCAACCCUGGGAGCUCAGAACCCAGCAAUAGCCCUGGCACCCCUGGGAUGCCAGUGAUCACAAGCACCUCAGGCACCCCUGUAGCCCCAGGCACAACCGUCAACCCAGUUACCAUCACCAGCCCUGGCACCGUUGAAAGCCCAGUGACCACAGGCCCCACAGUCAUUUCAGUGGAUCCGGUGGUUUCUACAAACAGUCCAGGUACCACAGAUAACACAAGCCCAACUGGAAACUCAGGCACUAGCAGUAUUCCUGGCAACCCUGGCACUCCCAUCACCAGCCAAGGCCCCUCUGGGAGCUCAGGCCCCAGCAAUAGCCCUGACACCACUGGGAUACCAGGGAUUACAAGCAUCUCGGGCACCCCUGUAGGCCCAGGCACACCCGUCAACCCAGUUACCAUCACCGGCCCUGACACCACUGGGAUACCAGAGAUUACAAGCACCUCAGGCACCGCUGUAGGCCCAGGCACACCCGUCAACCCAGUUACCAUCACCAGCCCUGACACCACUGGGAUACCAGGGAUUACAAGCACCUCAGGCACCCCUGUAGGCCCAGGCACACCCGUCAACCCAGUUACCAUCACCAGCCCAGACACCACUGGGAUACCAGGGAUUACAAGCACCCCAGGCACCCCUGUAGUCUCAGGCACAACCGUCAACCCAGUUACCAUCACCAGCCCAGACACCACUGGGAUACCAGGGAUUACAAGCACCCCAGGCACCCCUGUAGUCUCAGGCACAACCGUCAACACAGUUACCAACACCAGCCCUGACACCACUGGGAUACCAGGGAUUACAAGCACCUCAGGCACCCCUGUAGGCCCAGGCACACCCGUCAACCCAGUUACCAUCACCAGCCCAGACACCACUGGGAUACCAGGGAUUACAAGCACCCCAGGCACCCCUGUAGUCUCAGGCACAACCGUCAACACAGUUACCAACACCAGUCCAAGCACCGUUGAAAGCCCAAUCACCACAGGCCCCACAGUCAUUUUAGUAGAUCCGUUGUUACAAAGAGUCGCAGAGACAGCAGUUGCAUCAGCCACAACAGCCACAGCAAAAGCGGCAGCAUUGACAGGAGCAGCUGUGGUAGCAAUAGCAGCCGUUUCAGGUGAAUUUAUUGCUCAAAAUGCUGCAGAAAGAGUUGCAAGAGCUGCAGAAACAGCAGUUGCUGCUUCAUCUUCUCUUAUAGCAGGCACAAUAGAUGCAUCUGCAGCAGCACAAACCGCGAAUGAUGCAGCAGAUGAAGCUCUAUUGGCUGCAAUAGCUGCAGGGGAAGUGGCAGGAAAUGCAACAGGAGCCUUGGCCCCUUUUGCAAGAUAUUUAUUCUUAGCAGCAGCAAAUGCAGCAUUCGCAGCGAGAGCAGCUGCAGAUGCUGCAGUUUCAGCGGCCAACUCUAGAGGAACUGGAAUUACUACAGCUAAUGCCCAAUUUGCCAUAGAAGCUGCAAGAAAUGCCAGCCAAGAGGCUGCAAUGGCUGCACAAACCCUUAGUGCAUUACUUACUUCAACAAUCCUGCCACCAGAAACAGAGGACACUAUAAGACAAGUGUUGCAUUUAGCUAAAAAUGCUACUGAAUCAGCAAUUAAUGCAGCAGUGGCAAACUCAAUGGCACUGGACACAGCAGAGCAAGCUGUGGUCACGGGAGCGGGGACUGUAGAUGUGGAAUUAUUUGCAGCAUCAGCCUCAGUAAACUUACAAAUGGCAGCAGCUUUAGUAAGACAAUCCACAGGGAUGGUAUUAGAUGCUGUGGAUGCCCUGCCUAUUAGCGUCACAGUUUCUACAAACAGCCCAGGUACCACAGACAACACAAGCCCAACUGGGAACUCAGGCACUAGCAGUAUUCCUGGCAACCCUGGCACCCCCAUCACCAGCCAAGGCUCCCCUGGAAACUCAGGCCCCCGCAAUAGCCCUGACACCACUGGGAUACCAGGGAUUACAAGCACCUCAGGCACCCCUGUAGUCUCAGGCACAACCGUCAACACAGUUACCAUCACCAGCCCUGACACCACUGGGAUACCAGGGAUUACAAGCACCCCAGGCACCCCUGUAGUCUCAGGCACAACCGUCAACACAGUUACCAACACCAGCCCUGACACCACUGGGAUACCAGGGAUUACAAGCACCCCAGGCACCCCUGUAGUCUCAGGCACAACCGUCAACACAGUUACCAUCACCAGCCCUGACACCACUGGGAUACCAGGGAUUACAAGCACCCCAGGCACCCCUGUAGUCUCAGGCACAACCGUCAACACAGUUACCAUCACCAGCCCUGACACCACUGGGAUACCAGGGAUUACAAGCACCCCAGGCACCCCUGUAGUCUCAGGCACAACCGUCAACACAGUUACCAACACCAGCCCAGGCAGCGUUGAAAUCUCAGUCACCACAGACCCCACAGUCAUUUUUGUGGAUCCGUUGUUACAAAGAGUUGCAGAGACAGCAGUUGCAUCAGCCACAACAGCCACAGCAAAAGCGGCAGCAGUAACAGGAGCAGCUGUGGUAGCAAUAGCAGCCGUUUCAGGUGAAUUUAUUGCUCAAAAUGCUGCAGAAAGAGUUGCAAGAGCUGCAGAAACAGCAGUUGCUGCUUCAUCUUCUCUUAUAGCAGGCACAAUAGAUGCAUCUGCAGCAGCACAAACCGCAAAUGAUGCAGCAGAUGAAGCUCUAUUGGCUGCAAUAGCUGCGGGGCAAGUGGCAGGAAAUGCAACAGGAGCCUUGGCCCCUUUUGCAAGAACUUUAUUCUUAGCAGCAGCAAAUGCAGCAUUCGCAGCAAGAGCAGCUGCAGAUGCUGCAGUUUCAGCGGCCAGCUCUACGGAAACUGGAAUUACUACAGCUAAUGCCCAAUUUGCCAUAGAAGCUGCAAGAAAUGCAUGCCAAGAGGCUGCGAUGGCUGCACAAACCCUCAGUGCAUUACUUACUUCAACAAUCCUGCCAUCAGAAACAGAGGACACUAUAAGACAAGUGUUGCUUUUAGCUGAAAAUGCUGCUGAAUCAGCAAUUAAUGCAGCAGUGGCAAACUCAAUGGCACUGGACACAGCAGAGCAAGCUGUGGUCACAGAAGCGGGAACUCUAGAGGCGGUAUUAUUUGCAACAUCAGCCUCAGUAAGAGUAUUAAUUGCAGCAGAUUUAGUAAAACAAUCCACAGGGGUGGUAUUAGAUGCUGUGGAUGCCCUGCCGAUUAGCGUCACGGUUUCUACAAACAGCCCAGGUACCACAGACAACACAAGCCCAACUGGGAACUCAGGCACUAGCAGUAUUCCUGGCAACCCUGGCACCCCCAUCACCAGCCAAGGCUCCCCUGGAAACUCAGGCCCCCGCAAUAGCCCUGACACCACUGGGAUACCAGGGAUUACAAGCACAUCAGGCACCCCUGUAGUCUCAGGCACAACCGUCAACACAGUUACCAUCACCAGCCCUGACACCACUGGGAUACCAGGGAUUACAAGCACCCCUGGCACCCCUGUAGUCUCAGGCACAACCGUCAACACAGUUACCAUCACCAGCCCUGACACCACUGGGAUACCAGGGAUUACAAGCACCCCAGGCGCCCCUGUAGUCUCAGGUACAACCGUCAACACAGUUACCAUCACCAGCCCUGACACCACUGGGAUACCAGGGAUUACAAGCACCCCAGGCACCCCUGUAGUCUCAGGCACAACCGUCAACACAGUUACUAUCACCGGCCCUGACACCACUGGGAUACCAGGGAUUACAAGCACCCCAGGCACCCCUGUAGUCUCAGGCACAACCGUCAACACAGUUACCAUCACCGGCCCAGGCAGCGUUGAAAUCUCAGUCACCACAGGCCCCACAGUUAUUUUAGUGGAUCCGGUGGUACAAAGAGUCGCAGAGAGAGCAGUUGCAUCAGCCACAACAGCCACAGCAACAGCGGCAGCAGUGACAGGAGCAGCUGUGGUAGCAAUAGCAGCCGUUUCAGGUGAACUUAUUGCUCAAAAUGCUGCAGAAAGAGUUGCAAGAGCUGCAGAAACAGCAGUUGCUGCUUCAUCUUCUCUUAUAGCAGGCACAAUAGAUGCAUCUGCAGCAGCACAAACCGCAAAUGAUGCAGCAGAUGAAGCUAUAUUGGCUGCAAUAGCUGCGGGGCAAGUGGCAGGAAAUGCAACAGGAGCCUUGGCCCCUUUUGCAAGAACUUUAUUCUUAGCAGCAGCAAAUGCAGCAUUCGCAGCGAGAGCAGCUGCAGACGCUGCAGUUUCAGCGGCUAACCCUACGGAAACCGGAAUUACUACAGCUAAUCCCCAAUUUGCCAUAGAACCUGCAAGAAAUGCCAACCAAGAGGCUGCGAUGGCUGCACAAACCCUCAGUGCAUUACUUACAUCAACAAUCCUGCCACCAGAAACAGAGGACACUAUAAGACAAGUGUUGCUUUUAGCUGAAAAUGCUACUGAAUCAGCAAUUAAUGCAGCAGUGGCAAACUCAAUGGCACUGGACACAGCAGAGCAAGCUGUGGUCACAGAAGCGGGAACUCUAGAGGCAGAAUUAUUUAAAAUAUCCGCCUCAGUAAGAGUCCUAAUUGCAGCAGAUUUAGUAAGACAAUCCACAGGGGUGGUAUUAGAUGCUGUGGAUGCCCUGCCUAUUAGCGUCACAGUUUCUACAAACAGCCCAGGUACCACAGACAACACAAGCCCAACUGGGAACUCAGGCACUAGCAGUAUUCCUGGCAACCCUGGCACCCCCAUCACCAGCCAAGGCUCCCCUGGAAACUCAGGCCCCAGCAAUAGCCCUGACACCACUGGGAUACCAGGGAUUACAAGCACCUCAGGCACCCCUGUAAACUCAGGCACAACCGUCAACACAGUUACCAUCACCAGCCCUGACACCACUGGGAUACCAGGGAUUACAAGCACCCCAGGCACCCCUGUAGUCUCAGGCACAACCGUCAACACAGUUACCAUCACCAGCCCUGACACCACUGGGAUACCAGGGAUUACAAGCACCCCAGGCACCCCUGUAGUCUCAGGCACAACCGUCAACACAGUUACCAUCACCAGCCCUGACACCACUGGGAUACCAGGGAUUACAAGCACCCCAGGCACCCCUGUAGUCUCAGGCACAACAGUCAACACAGUUACCAUCACCAGCCCUGACACCACUGGGAUACCAGGGAUUACAAGCACCCCAGGCACCCCUGUAGUCUCAGGCACAACCGUCAACACAGUUACCAUCACCAGCCCUGACACCACUGGGAUACCAGGGAUUACAAGCACCCCAGGCACCCCUGUAGUCUCAGGCACAACCGUCAACACAGUUACUAUCACCGGCCCAGGCAGCGUUGAAAUCUCAGUCACCACAGACCCCACAGUCAUUUUAGUGGAUCCGGUGGUACAAAGAGUCGCAGAGACAGCAGUUGCAUCAGCCACAACAGCCACAGCAACAGCGGCAGCAGUGACAGGAGCAGCUGUGGUAGCAAUAGCAGCCGUUUCAGGGGAACUUAUUGCUCAAAAUGCUGCAGAAAGAGUUGCAAGAGCUGCAGAAACAGCAGUUGCUGCUUCAUCUUCUCUUAUAGCAGGCACAAUAGAUGCAUCUGCAGCAGCACAAGCCGCAAAUGAUGCAGCAGAUGAAGCUCUAUUGGCUGCAAUAGCUGCAGGGGAAGUGGCAGGAAAUGCAACAGGAGCCUUGGCCCCUCUUGCAAGAACUUUAUUCUUUGCAGCAGAAAAUGCAGCAAUCGCAGCGAGAGCAGCUGCAGACGCUGCAGUUUCAGCGGCCAACUCUACGGAAACUGGAAUUACUACAGCUAAUGCCCAAUUUGCCAUAGAAGCUGCAAGAAAUGCCAGCCAAGAGGCUGCGAUGGCUGCACAAGCCCUCAGUGCAUUACUUACUUCAACAAUCCUGCCACCAGAAACAGAGGACACUAUAAGACAAGUGUUGCAUUUAGCUAAAAAUGCUACUGAAUCAGCAAUUAAUGCAACAGUGGCAAACUCAAUGGCACUGGACACAGCAGAGCAAGCUGUGGUCACAGAAGCGGGACCUCUGGAGGCGGAAUUAUUUGCAACAUCCGCCUCAGUAAGCUUACAAAUUGCAGCAGAUUUAGUAAGACAAUCCACAGGGAUGGUAUUAGAUGCUGUGGAUGCCCUGCCUAUUGGCGUCACAGUUUCUACAAACAGCCCAGGUACCACAGACAACACAAGCCCAACUGGGAACUCAGGCAUUAGCAGUAUUCCUGUUAACCCUGGCAAUUCCAUCACCAGCCAAGGCCCCUCUGGGAACUCAGGACCCAGCAAUAGCCCUGACACCACUAUGAUACAAGGGAUUACAAGCACCCCAGGCACCCCUGUAGACUCAGGCACAACCCCCCCAGUCACUUUAGUGGAUCCGUUAGUACAAAGAGCCUCAGAUAUAGCAGUAGCAGCAGCCACCACAGCCACAGCAGCAGCAGCAGCAGUGACGGGAGCAGCCGUUGUAGCAACAGCAGCUGCUUCAGGUGGUAGUGCUAUUGCUGCGAAUGCUGCACAAAGUGUUGCAACAGCUGCAAACACAGCAGCUGCUGCUUCAUCCUCUCUUUUGGAAGGCACAAUAAAUGCAUCCGCAGCAGCACAAGCCGCGGAACUUGCAGCAGUUGCGGCGGAAUUGGCUGCAAUGGCUGCGGUGGAAGCGGCAGCAAAUGCAACAGGAAUCAUGGCUUCUCUUGCAAGAAAUUUAUCUGUAGCAGCAGCAAAUGCAGCAGGUGCAGCGAGGGAAGCUGCAAAUUUAGCAGCUGAAGCAGCAAACCUUACAGAUUCUGGAAAUAUAACAGCUGAUGCACUAUUUGCCAUAGAGGCCGCAAGAACUGCCAGCCAAGAGGCAGCAAUGGCUGCAGAAAACCUUAACGCAUUACUGAAUUCAACACAAAUAGAGGACACUGUAAGACAAGCGUUGGUGUCAGCUCAAACUGCUGCUGUAUUGGCAAAUGACACAGCAGUAGAGGCCUUGCUGGGACUGGACACAGCAGAACAAGCAGUGGCAGCAGAAGAAGGAAGUCAAAUCGCUCAAUUAGCUGCAGCAUUAGCCGCAGAACAAGUACAAAAUGCAGUGGAUUCAGCAAGAGAAUCCGCAGGUGUGGUAUCAGAUGCUGCGGAUGCCCUGUCUAUUAGCAUCACAGUUUCUACAAACAGCCCAGGUACCACAGACAACUCAAGCCCAACUGGAAACUCAGGCACUAGCAGUAUUCCUGGCAACCCUGGCACCCCCAUCACCAGCCAAGUCCCCUCUGGGAGCUCAGGCCCCAGCAAUAGCCCUGACACCACUGGGAUGCCAGGGAUUACAAGCACCUCGGGCACCCCUGUAGGCCCAGGCACAACCGUCAACCCAGUUACCAUCACCGGCCCUGACACCACUGGGAUACUAGGGAUUACAAGCACCUCGGGCACCCCUGUAGGCCCAGGCACACCCGUCAACCCAGUUACCAUCACCAGCCCUGACACCACUGGGAUACCAGGGAUUACAAGCACCUCAGGCACCCCUGUAGGCCCAGGCACAACCGUCAACCCAGUUACCAUCACCGGCCCUGACACCACUGGGAUACCAGGGAUUACAAGCACCUCAGGCACCCCUGUAGUCUCCGGCACAACCGUCAACACAGUUACCAUCACCAGCCCUGACACCACUAUGAUACAAGGGAUUACAAGCACCCCAGGCACCCCUGUAGACUCAGGCACAACCCCCCCAGUCACUUUAGUGGAUCCGUUAGUACAAAGAGCCUCAGAUAUAGCAGUAGCAGCAGCCACCACAGCCACAGCAGCAGCAGCAGCAGUGACGGGAGCAGCCGUUGUAGCAACAGCAGCUGCUUCAGGUGGUAGUGCUAUUGCUGCGAAUGCUGCACAAAAUGUUGCAACAGCUGCAAACACAGCAGCUGCUGCUUCAUCCUCUCUUUUGGAAGGCACAAUAAAUGCAUCCGCAGCAGCACAAGCCGCGGAACUUGCAGCAGUUGCGGCGGAAUUGGCGGCAAUGGCUGCGGUGGAAGCGGCAGCAAAUGCAACAGGAAUCAUGGCUUCUCUUGCAAGAAAUUUAUCUGUAGCAGCAGCAAAUGCAGCAGGUGCAGCGAGGGAAGCUGCAAAUUUAACAGCUGAAGCAGCAAACCUUACAGAUUCUGGAAAUAUAACAGCUGAUGCACUAUUUGCCAUAGAGGCCGCAAGAACUGCCAGCCAAGAGGCAGCAAUGGCUGCAGAAAACCUUAACGCAUUACUGAAUUCAACACAAAUAGAGGACACUGUAAGACAAGCGUUGGUGUCAGCUCAAACUGCUGCUGUAUUGGCAAAUGACACAGCAGUAGAGGCCUUGCUGGGACUGGACACAGCAGAACAAGCAGUGGCAGCAGAAGAAGGAAGUCAAAUCGCUCAAUUAGCUGCAGCAUUAGCCGCAGAACAAGUACAAAAUGCAGUGGAUUCAGCAAGAGAAUCCGCAGGUGUGGUAUCAGAUGCUGCGGAUGCCCUGUCUAUUAGCAUCACAGUUUCUACAAACAGCCCAGGUACCACAGACAACUCAAGCCCAACUGGAAACUCAGGCACUAGCAGUAUUCCUGGCAACCCUGGCACCCCCAUCACCAGCCAAGUCCCCUCUGGGAGCUCAGGCCCCAGCAAUAGCCCUGACACCACUGGGAUGCCAGGGAUUACAAGCACCUCGGGCACCCCUGUAGGCCCAGGCACAACCGUCAACCCAGUUACCAUCACCGGCCCUGACACCACUGGGAUACUAGGGAUUACAAGCACCUCGGGCACCCCUGUAGGCCCAGGCACACCCGUCAACCCAGUUACCAUCACCAGCCCUGACACCACUGGGAUACCAGGGAUUACAAGCACCUCAGGCACCCCUGUAGGCCCAGGCACAACCGUCAACCCAGUUACCAUCACCGGCCCUGACACCACUGGGAUACCAGGGAUUACAAGCACCUCAGGCACCCCUGUAGUCUCCGGCACAACCGUCAACACAGUUACCAUCACCAGCCCUGACACCACUAUGAUACAAGGGAUUACAAGCACCCCAGGCACCCCUGUAGACUCAGGCACAACCCCCCCAGUCACUUUAGUGGAUCCGUUAGUACAAAGAGCCUCAGAUAUAGCAGUAGCAGCAGCCACCACAGCCACAGCAGCAGCAGCAGCAGUGACGGGAGCAGCCGUUGUAGCAACAGCAGCUGCUUCAGGUGGUAGUGCUAUUGCUGCGAAUGCUGCACAAAAUGUUGCAACAGCUGCAAACACAGCAGCUGCUGCUUCAUCCUCUCUUUUGGAAGGCACAAUAAAUGCAUCCGCAGCAGCACAAGCCGCGGAACUUGCAGCAGUUGCGGCGGAAUUGGCGGCAAUGGCUGCGGUGGAAGCGGCAGCAAAUGCAACAGGAAUCAUGGCUUCUCUUGCAAGAAAUUUAUCUGUAGCAGCAGCAAAUGCAGCAGGUGCAGCGAGGGAAGCUGCAAAUUUAACAGCUGAAGCAGCAAACCUUACAGAUUCUGGAAAUAUAACAGCUGAUGCACUAUUUGCCAUAGAGGCCGCAAGAACUGCCAGCCAAGAGGCAGCAAUGGCUGCAGAAAACCUUAACGCAUUACUGAAUUCAACACAAAUAGAGGACACUGUAAGACAAGCGUUGGUGUCAGCUCAAACUGCUGCUGUAUUGGCAAAUGACACAGCAGUAGAGGCCUUGCUGGGACUGGACACAGCAGAACAAGCAGUGGCAGCAGAAGAAGGAAGUCAAAUCGCUCAAUUAGCUGCAGCAUUAGCCGCAGAACAAGUACAAAAUGCAGUGGAUUCAGCAAGAGAAUCCGCAGGUGUGGUAUCAGAUGCUGCGGAUGCCCUGUCUAUUAGCAUCACAGUUUCUACAAACAGCCCAGGUACCACAGACAACUCAAGCCCAACUGGAAACUCAGGCACUAGCAGUAUUCCUGGCAACCCUGGCACCCCCAUCACCAGCCAAGGCCCCUCUGGGAGCUCAGGCCCCAGCAAUAGCCCUGACACCACUGGGAUGCCAGGGAUUACAAGCACCUCGGGCACCCCUGUAGGCCCAGGCACAACUGUCAACCCAGUUACCAUCACCGGCCCUGACACCACUGGGAUACCAGGGAUUACAAGCACCUCAGGCACCGCUGUAGGCCCAGGCACACCCGUCAACCCAGUUACCAUCACCGGCCCUGACACCACUGGGAUACCAGGGAUUACAAGCACCCCAGGCACCCCUGUAGACUCAGGCACAACCGUCAACACAGUUACCAUCACCAGCCCUGACACCACUGGGAUACAAGGGAUUACAAGCACCCCAGGCACCCCUGUAGACUCAGGCACAACCCCCCCAGUCACUUUAGUGGAUCCGUUAGUACAAAGAGCCUCAGAUAUAGCAGUAGCAGCAGCCACCACAGCCACAGCAGCAGCAGCAGCAGUGACGGGAGCAGCCGUUGUAGCAACAGCAGCUGCUUCAGGUGGUAGUGCUAUUGCUGCGAAUGCUGCACAAAGUGUUGCAACAGCUGCAAACACAGCAGCUGCUGCUUCAUCCUCUCUUUUGGAAGGCACAAUAAAUGCAUCCGCAGCAGCACAAGCCGCGGAACUUGCAGCAGUUGCGGCGGAAUUGGCUGCAAUGGCUGCGGUGGAAGCGGCAGCAAAUGCAACAGGAAUCAUGGCUUCUCUUGCAAGAAAUUUAUCUGUAGCAGCAGCAAAUGCAGCAGGUGCAGCGAGGGAAGCUGCAAAUUUAGCAGCUGAAGCAGCAAACCUUACAGAUUCUGGAAAUAUAACAGCUGAUGCACUAUUUGCCAUAGAGGCCGCAAGAACUGCCAGCCAAGAGGCAGCAAUGGCUGCAGAAAACCUUAACGCAUUACUGAAUUCAACACAAAUAGAGGACACUGUAAGACAAGCGUUGGUGUCAGCUCAAACUGCUGCUGUAUUGGCAAAUGACACAGCAGUAGAGGCCUUGCUGGGACUGGACACAGCAGAACAAGCAGUGGCAGCAGAAGAAGGAAGUCAAAUCGCUCAAUUAGCUUCAGCAUUAGCCGCAGAACAAGUACAAAAUGCAGUGGAUUCAGCAAGAGAAUCCGCAGGUGUGGUAUCAGAUGCUGCGGAUGCCCUGUCCCCAAGCAAUGAAGACGUUUUCGAAGCUUCAGCAGCAAGCUCCUUAGCGGCUGCAGCAACAUCCCUUGCAGCCUCAGCAGCAGCAGCUACUGGAGCAGAUCUAUCAGAGGAAGUCAACGAGGCCCUUCAAAGGGCAGAGGAAGCGUCUGAGGCAGCUAGAUUAGCCGCAGAUGGAGACACAGAUCCAGAAAGAGCUGCAGAGCUUGCUAGAAACGCCACAAGGGCUGCAGUUGAGGCAGCAGACGCAGCAGAACGAGUGGCUGAUGCUGCACGCGAGGCAGCUGAAGUGGGAAGCGUUCAGGAAGAGCUUGCACGGGUAGCAUCAGCCGCGGCAAUGGCAGCCACACGAGCAGCGAUGGCGGGCGCAGGUGAAGUUGGCGAAGCUGCACGAGAAGUGGUGAGCGUUUCGAGGGAAGCUUCAGAACUAUUUUCAUCCCUCUUGAACGAGGAUCCUUCCAGACUGACACCUGUAAUGCAGUCAGCGGUUCAGAAUGCAGAGCAGGUCGCCUUGUUGACAGAAGCUACGGGCUUAAUAGCAGGAACCGUCGACGAUGGGGUGGACACACAAUCUGCUGCACAAACCGCUGCACAAGCUGCUGCAAGAGCAGCAUCAACAGCAAGAGCGGCAACAGAAGAAACACUUUCUACUACAGAAUCGGUUAAUGCCGCACAACGAGCAGUGGUGGCUGGUCUGACGGCCUCGACGGCAGCAGCAACGGCAGUUGGUGCUGCUACAGCGGCAACAACCGGGGCAUCGGCCCUCCCUGCAUCCAACAUUGCAUUGACGGCCGCCAGCGAAGCAGCGAGCGCCGCCACAUCACUGAUCGCGGGUGAAGAAACUUCUUUAGACUUUGCGGUCGUUGAAGCAAAUGAAGCGGCUGGACUGGCAGAAGAUGCAGCGGAUGCUGCCACCACAGCAGCACAAACAUCCGGAUCAUCUUUGGACCUGCAGCUGGCAGAAUUAUCUCAGGAUUCAGCCGGAAUAGCGGAGAGGGCAGCAAACGCUGCACAGAUGGCGGCCUCCGUCCCAGCAACUGAGCAAAUGAUAGCAGCCGCCCUAGUAGCUGCCACAGAAGUAGAAAGGGAUUUUGCGGAGCUGAGACUAGAGUUGGAGAAUUUACUGUCAAGCGCGACGCCAGAAACCCUCAGCGAGCGUGUUGCACUCAACAGCCUCCAAGCUGGGGCGGACGUAGCACAAUGCGUCGGGGAGUUCUCCAGAAGGGCGGCAGAGUCGGCUGUGACGUUGACCAUGACGCGGAACACCGCGGACGUUGAAGAAGUCGAAGCUUUUGCCUCCGCGGCGGCAAAAUUGUCCAGGACCACGACCAAUAACACCAGGGGGGUGUUCGACAUCACGCUGCAAUCUAAUGCGGCAAACAUCGAGAAGUUCUCGCUCACCACAGCACUCGCUGCCGUGGUUACGGUGUUCCUGUUAAGCGUGUCGUAAAUGAAGGACUUUUGGAUUUCAUGAAGAAAACCAUUCUUUGCACUCCUGUAUUAUAUUUGCUAAUUUAUACGUGAACCUAGGAUUGUGUCGGCGACAUAUCGCUUAUGUAUUUUGAUCCUGAGGUAAUCCAAGGGAUUUUGAAUAAAUUAUACAAUUCAUUUUUGCAUUUUUUAUCGUUAUUAUCAUCGAGUCGUUUACUUUUGUAUCCAACCAGUGUUGGCUUUAAGAUAUACUUUUGGCGAAAUGUUUUGAUUUAAGAGUGUGUGUGAGAGGAUUUCUACGGCGGUGACAAAUGAAGAAACAUGCGGCUCGUUUAAGCACGAAGGAGAGGAGACUCAACUUUCCGAACAUGUUUUGGACAGGUCACUGGACAGUUGGCUCCAUGUCCAACGUGCAUCCUGUGGAAAGAACAAAACAAACAAAAACCAAUGUUGUGUACAUUUUUGUGUUGUUUUUUUGUGCAAAAUAAAUACACAGCGCUGCAAGUGACAACGCUGAGUGGCUUCAAACAAA